AUGGCCGGCAAUGACUCCCCCAAACCCCAAUUCCUCGCGCCUCCUGCCGUCACUGCUCUCAGGCAGGAGGCCCGGAACAUCGAUCCGAAGAUGACUCGAACGUUGAGUGAUGACAUGCGGGAGGAACGGGACGAUUUGAAGGAGGCCGCAGAACAGACGUUGAACAUCAUUGUGGAUAUGGACCUCGAAGGUCGUAUCAAAUGGGUCAGUCCGUCGUGGAAGCAAGUGGUCGGCUCAUUGCCCGAGUCGGUGGAAGGGCAAAUGAUCUCAGAAAUACUUCUGGGCAACAAGAAUGUGUUUCGGGAUUCCAUUGAAUCGAUGAAAGAGGAUGAUUCGAGAAGUCGUUUCAUUCGCUUCGCGGUGCAGAUGGGACCGGAUUCAGUCCUGAAAUAUGCACCCGAACCGUCACCGGUCGCGAAGGAGAAGAGUGCAACGAAUGCCGAGGGGAUGGAGGAUUCCCAGCCCGAGGACGAGCAGACUCACAAUGUGCUUAAUAUGGAGGGACAGGGAAUUAUGGUCUAUGAUCGGACAGACGAUGAGGCCGGUCAUACCAUGUGGAUGUUGCGACCAUUGACCGAGCCAAGAGAAGUAACAAUCGAUCUACCGCCGCUGCUCGUCGAGUCUUUGGGGGUUGGAGCGGAGGUACUGGCAAACUACCUGACUGAACUAGCGGACGCAGCAGCAACCGAACCCGACCCUUCCAAGCAUCCUGCGCCAACACCGGUUCUCUGUCGCAUUUGUGAACGCCAAAUCACACCGUGGUGGUUUGAGAAACAUUCCGAUCUAUGCCUGCAGGAACACCGGGCGGAGAUGGACGUUCAACUGGCACAGGAGAACCUGAAUGAGCAUCGACAUGUUAUUGUCAAGGUGCUGGAUGCCCUAGAAGCUCGUCAAGGCAGGCCCUUGAUCGGCAUCGAUGGCAAUCCGACGCCUCUACCUCAAGCGGAAUAUAAGGGAUUGUCCAUCGGUCCUUCACCUACCACUUCCGCCCCAUCAUCUGGUGGUGUCUCCAGCAGUAAUUCAGCACCCGGCACACCACCUCGAUCGCGAGAACACUCCGCCUCUGGUGCCAUCCCUAAUCGACCCCGUUCUUUCACUGUGAGGAGACCACUGGCUCGUAUUGUGGAACUUGUCCUUGACCUAUGUGACACCUCUCUAGAGAUCAGUAUGCCAAUGAUCAAGGAAUCCGCUCGGACUGAUGGAGAGGACUUCCGGACAUUGUCUCCACAGUCUGAAUCUCGGAUCUCCCAAGUUCUGCAGUGGCAGUCCCCCAGUUCCAAUACAUUGGAGCAGGAGCAGGGUCUGGCUGCAUUGGCCGCAGACACCGAACAGGUCGCCAAGGCGAAAGUUGAUGCUGUUGUGCGUCAUCGCAAGAUUGUUGAGUAUGCUGAACGUAUUCGCAUUGAAUACACGGUAUUGGUCGAAGAAUGCAUUGGAGCUGCACUUAGCAAAGCAGAGCGCAUAGCCUCUGGCCAACUCAGUGACUCUUCGUGCUCGUCCGAUGAAGAAGCUCCACCAGAGAGCAUCGCUGGGAGCCAUGUUGCUCCCGAUGAUAUUGGCGGCACUUUCGAAGAAGAACCCUUGGCACAAUCCAUAAGCCAAGAUUCGCAACAACAAGCCCAGCCACAGCCAGCAGCACCUUCCCCGCGGCGACCGGCAUCUGCGUUGACUAUGUCGAUGCGGAACUCCCCCGAACGGUCCUUGCUUUCACAACCAGAACGGAGAUCAUCCUCGGUGGCGGUCUCGACAGGUUCCAACAGCCCCAUGGAAUGUCCCACCCCGCGAUCCCACAAGAGUGCUGCAGGACUUUUGGGUACAUCCCAGCCCUAUCGCAUGGGCCUUUCUCUCGCCGAAAUUGACGCUGGAGAGAGUAGUGAUAGCAGUCUGCCGUCUUCUGCUUUCCCAGGAGCUGUGCGAACAGAUUCGCCUUCUUCCGAGAGGAGCUUUGAUCGCAAGCGGAGAAGUCUGGUACUCCCUGGGCUUUCAGGCUCUCCUCGUCGACAACCUUCACCUGCCCGGGUUUCUGGUCCGCAUUCUCCAUUGCGAAUGCCAAAACCUCGCAUAUCAAGCGGCGCCGAAAGCCUACCAUCCCCAAUAGUAUCCCCUUCUACAUACGCAAGUGAGUUGGCACACCACUAUCGUCACCACCGAAGGCAGUCAUCGGCGACGUCCUCCGAUGUUGCCAAACCACCACCUUCUCCUCGUUUGCCGUCAGUGAGCCAACAACCUCGGCCAGCACCACUAUCUAUCAAAGAUUUCGAAAUCAUCAAGCCAAUCAGCAAAGGUGCUUUUGGCAGUGUCUAUUUGGUCAAAAAGAAAGCUACCGGCGAAUACUAUGCCAUGAAGGUCCUGAAGAAGGCCGACAUGAUCGCUAAGAACCAAGUCACCAACGUGAAAGCUGAACGCGCCAUCAUGAUGUGGCAAGGGGAGAGUGACUUUGUUGCAAAGCUCUACUGGACCUUUUCUAGCAAAGACUAUCUCUACUUGGUGAUGGAGUAUCUAAAUGGAGGUGACUGUUCAUCGCUUGUCAAGGUUCUUGGUGGUCUUCCAGAGGAUUGGGCUAAAAAGUACAUUGGCGAGGUUGUUCUUGGAGUCGAACACCUUCAUAACCGAGGCAUUGUCCAUCGCGAUCUAAAGCCUGAUAAUCUCUUGAUUGACCAAACUGGCCAUUUAAAGUUGACUGACUUUGGACUUUCGCGAAUGGGUUUGGUCGGACGACAAAAGCGUGUGUUGAAGAGUCCCGACGAGGCCGCUCCUGAUCUGCUGAAGCAAGGCUCUUUCCCCCGUGCGAUAUCAAUCGCAUCUUCACGGUCAGCCUCAUUCGACUUCCAAGCCAGCUCAUCACCAGGCUCCACUCCUUUGAUUACCCCCGAAGUGAAUGCCAGUGCCAGCCAGCCAUCUUACUUCAGCCUUAACCAGAGUGGCUUGAGUCGGCAGAGCUCCCGUCGUGCCUCGGGAUACCGCAGUGAUAGUAUGGGCAGUGAUGGCCUCAAUGGAAUCUUCCGAACUUUCUCCCUAAAUGACAACGCCAAUGAACCAUCUGUGUCAUCGCCGAGCAUGUUCUCGACCAGCAUGGUCGAAGAAGAAGGCCAAAGUGAGCCAGGCGAGUCUCCUCGUCUACAACCCCUCCAGCCAACCUUCAGCAACCCACUUGCACAAAACACACCUCCCCAGCAAACCAUGCUACCCCCGGUGAUGGCACUCUUCGAUCCGGAAGACCAUGAUCGACGUUUCGUUGGUACCCCCGACUACCUGGCUCCAGAGACCAUCAAUGGUGUUGGGCAAGAUGAAAUCAGUGACUGGUGGUCUCUGGGAUGCAUCAUGUUUGAAUUCAUCUUUGGUUAUCCUCCUUUCAAUGCGGCGACCCCUGAUGAAGUAUUUGAAAACAUUCUUCAUCGGAGAAUAAAUUGGCCCGAUGAUCCCGAGGAGUACACCUCGGCAGAGUCGUUGGAUCUAAUGAACAAACUCAUGACUCUCAAUCCCCGCGAGCGAAUUGGAGCCAAUGCCGAAGAGAAGUUCCCCAAUGGCGGAGCAGAGAUUCGCAGCCACCCAUGGCUAUCUGAGAUCAAUUGGGAUACUUUACUUGAAGAUAAGGCGCAGUUUGUUCCUAACAUUGAAAACCCCGAGGACACGGAAUACUUUGAUGCCCGCGGUGCUACCCUUCAGACUUUUGCAGAGGAAUUGGAAGAUGAGAACUCACCUCAGCCGCCAACUACGACCGGUCCCGAUCGUCCCCAUGAUGCGCUGUUCAAAGUCCGAUCGCAGGUGAAUUCUACCAAGCGGCCGCUGAUGCCACUACAUAUUCCUCCCCACGUCCGUGACGCUCGGGAUUCGCGAAGCCGGAGAUUGAGCGAACCGGCUCUAGCUGAUGACUUUGGCAGCUUCAACUUCAAGAAUCUGCCGAUGUUGGAGAAGGCAAACAAGGAUGUCAUCCAGAAGAUGCGCCAGGAAGCUAUGCAGGCCCAGCACCGACAACCAAACCCGUCAUCCGCUGUUCAGACACCCAACAGUUCAUCUCAGCCCUCUUUGGAAGGAAGCCCGCUCCCCAUGUCCCUUCAACGGACAUUGUCACAAAACAAAGGCAACAAUCGACCCUCUUCUCCAUCGGGACUAAGCCAGUCCAAUUCAUCCCCAAGCAGACCUUCGCAACCAUCGUCUCCCCUUCUGGUUCAAUUCAGUACUGGGACAACCCAGGAACGGCGCAAGACUUCUGGAUCCUCGUCAACCACUUCUCACCAAUCCAGUGGGACUUUCCAGCCUUCUUCGGCCGAACAAGGACGCAUGCCAAAUCUCAGACUCGGUUCUGUGGCUUCAUCUCCAGUUAAGGCCAGUCGAAUUCCAGCCCAUUCUCCGGAGAAGACAUCGACGAACCAACGCCAUGGUAGCGUUCCGGCGAGCCGUGCUCGCUCACACACCAUUGGAUCUCAGGAUGGGGACAUGUCCUCGUUCCCCAAGGAAACCUUUGUGCCCACCCACCAUAAACGCCGCAGUCAAUUGUUCGAUAUCUCACCAUCCUCUUCUGACAACGAGGAUCCUCGCACAAAAGCACUUUUGAAGGUCCAACGCCGUCGACAAAGCUCCCGCCGGUUAUCUCAGAUCAACAUCCAAGAAGGGCCAUUCUUCCGCCCGUUGGAUGUGCUCAUUUGUGAGGAUCAUCCUGUCUCGCGAUUGGUUAUGGAACGCCUGUUUGAAAAACUUCGCUGUCGCACCAUUACUGUCACGAAUGGCGCGGAGGCAGUCAGAUACGCCCUCAGUGAGGUCCAGUUUGAUAUCAUCAUGACUGAAUUCCGACUGCCCCAGGUCAACGGCGUUGAUUUCGCCCGGAUGGUGCGGGAGACACGAAGCGCCAAUCGACACACUCCAAUUAUUGCUGUUACUGGCUACUUGAAAGACCUCCCUGAGAAUCACAACUUUGACGCAUUGAUCCAGAAGCCCCCAACCUUGCCCAAACUGACUGAAGCUUUGUCGAAAUGGUGCAUGUGGAAACCCCAACCCACCGACUUCAAUCUGUCCCAGCCCGUCACUGUCCCAGGCUCGGGCGGUCGUUCUGGUGCUCCUGUCACUGCGGACAGCCCCAGCUCGGUGUCCUCUGGAUUUGUCCUCAACCCACCCAGCUCAUACCGAGGAUCCAGUCGCGACGAUUCCAUGAGCAGCAGCGUCUUUGGUGACAUGGAAUCUGUCAAAUCAGACGAAGUUCCAGUCAUCAUCAGUCGCAACACUGAGAAUUGGGAUCAAAGUCACGGUGGCUUGGGUAUAUCGGACGAUCAGCACCCUGGUAGCCCCGAUCCUAAGGCUGUGCCUCUGCCUCAUCUCCUUCACGCCGCCACUGCACCAGCUGCCAUGGAUGCGAACGGUGGUCUCACGCCUAGGAAACAACGCUCAAGUGAAUCCAUCCGUGCCAAACGGGAGUCCCUGGAGAAAAAGCGCUAUGAAGGUGCUGAAUCAGGCGACGAUGAGGACGAAGAGCUCGGCAAUUCCCAAACACGUCGCAGCCCACCGUCUCGGAACCGCCGCCCUGGAUCCAAGCUGGGCAUUGAAAUGAUGCGAACCAACAGUCGUGGCAGUGUUGUCAGUGGCAGCGAAGAACUCCUGAAGAAGGAGAGAGAAGCUCUUCGGAACCAGGGCGACUUGGCAUACAACGAAGGGAGCGACGGGUCCUUGGGAUCGCCUGCUAGUACGAGUUUGGAGGACCGCUUUGAGGGUCUCAGCAUUCCCGAAGAAUCAGAAGGAGAUGAAUCAAUUGGCCCUCGAAACUCUCCAACUCCUUCAGUGUCCGGACUCUCCACCUCUCAGCAUCGUCGACCCUCCUUGGCACAUCAGGAUACCUCGAUCUACUCCGGAUAUUCUGCGUCCAAGACUAGCAAGGGUCAGACCACACCCCCAUGGGAAUUGACCCAGGGCACUUCCCAUGCCUCUGGUCCACCAAUUACUCCCGAAGUCAAGAUCUCUGGCCACACACUCGAUUCCGGCUCUGGUCCAGAGACAGACUACAGUCCUACUCCCGACUCUGAGGCGACCCCACGGCCUCUUCAUCCCUCCCCCAGUCUGGACCCAGAGCAGACCCCUCGGCCAUCUGAGCGACACCGAUCGGACUUGAGCUCCGCGUUCAAACGAUAA